GAAAAACGCUACACUGUCUGAAAAGCCUCUCUCUCUCUCUCUACCUUCCCUUCUUCCACACACGCUCUCUAUAAUUAUCUUUUCUCUCUCUAACUUUUUGUAGUCUGCCCCUGGAGCUUUAGCAUUACCUGCUUCGCAUCCAUCUUCACCACCACCUCCUUCCAACAAUGGCGGAACACGACGUCGUCAGUCCUCUAUUACCCUCGGACCGCUUCUCUCAUUCGCCGGAUGAGCCCCAAGUGAUCCUGACCGUCGGCGACGAAUCAGAUUUUGAAUCUAUCGACCACAACUCGACCCAUCAACAACAGCUUGAGAAUCAACCCAGUAGUCAGAAUCACCAUACGAAUGGCAAUCAUUUGGAGAUUGAGAACCCAUUCGAGUUUAUUGGGGCCCGCGGGUUCUCCGUUCCCGGGUCGACCACCGUCGACCCGUUUCGGAACCAGACGCCCAGGAUCGAAGGGGUUUAUGAGUGGUUGAAGAUGGUGAUAUGCUUACCCAUUGCGUUGAUUCGGCUCGUGUCGUUCGGGUUAUGUUUGAUGGUCGGGUAUGUGGCCACCAAGGUUGCUCUUCAGGGUUGGAAGGAUAAACAGAACCCAAUGCCUAGAUGGAGGUGUAGGCUCAUGUGGAUUACCCGGAUUUGUACCCGGUGCAUCCUCUUCUGUUUUGGUUAUCAUUGGAUAAAACGAAAAGGAAGACCUGCUCCAAGGGAGACUGCUCCUAUAGUUGUAUCUAAUCACGUGUCAUACAUUGAACCUAUUUUCUUUUUCUAUGAACUUUUUCCUACCAUUGUUGCAUCCGAGUCGCAUGAUACCAUGCCCUUUGUUGGAACCAUUAUCAGAGCAAUGCAGGUGAUAUAUGUUAAUAGGUUCUCACCAUCGUCAAGGAAGCAAGCAGUCAGUGAUAUAAAGAGAAAGGCAUCUUGCAAUAGAUAUCCUCGAUUGCUUUUGUUUCCCGAGGGAACCACGACCAAUGGAAGAGUCAUUAUUUCAUUCCAACUUGGUGCAUUUAUCCCUAAUUAUCCCAUUCAGCCAGUAAUUGUUCGCUAUCCCCAUGUGCACUUUGACCAAUCCUGGGGACAUGUUGCUUUGGGGAAGCUCUUGUUUAGAAUGUUCAUGCAGUUCCACAAUUUUAUGGAGGUGGAAUAUCUUCCUGUUGUUUUCCCCCUUGAAAAUCAGAAGGAAAAUGCUGUUCAUUUUGCAGAGAGGACUAGCCAUGCUAUUGCCACAUCUCUCAAUGUUAUACAAACAUCUCAUUCCUAUGGGGACUUAAUGCUUCUUACCCGAGCGUCUCAGUCCAAACAGGAAAAACCCUCGCUUUACAUGGUUGAAAUGGCAAGAGUGGAAUCUUCCUUCCAUUUAAGCACUUUGGAAGCUGUGGACUUUCUGGAUAAGUUUCUUUCCAUGAAUCCAGACCCCAGUGGACAUGUUGAAAUCCAUGACUUCUUCAGGGUUCUAAGAUUGAAAGCUUGUAGGCUUUCUGAAAAGAUUUUUGGGUUCAUUGACGUGGAGAAGAAUGGUAAAAUAACUUUUAAACAGUUCUUGCUUGGAUCAGCUCAUGUCCUGAAGCAGCCAUUCUUCCGACAAGCCUGUGAAUUAGCAUUUUCCGCAUGUGACGUUAGUAAGGAAAAUUACAUUUCAGAACGACAAUUAGGAGAAUCGAUUAUACAGGCAAUCCCAAGCUUAAAUGAGCAUGAGAACCAUGAACUCUUCAUUUUAUUUGACGUUGAUGGUGAUGGGAGGAUCAGUAAGGACGAUUUUAUUACUUGUUUAAGAAAAAAUCCGUUGAUCAUACCACUUUUCUCACCUCAAUUAGUGACAAGCUCUCAGAAGUUGGUGCUAGGAUGCUAAAGUAAAUUAUGUGAAGUAUCAAUUUCAUAGGCUGUUCGGUCAAUGUGGAUCAUUUGUGUGUUCCUUGAUGGAGGAUGAAGCUACCAUUGCCAAUAUUUUAGUGCAGGGGAGAUUUCAAAUUUCUUUCUCUUUUUUUAUUUUUUAUUUUUACUUUUGACCUGUAUCAGUAAUUAUGCUCGGGGUUUUGUUUUAUAUUUUCUUUUUCUUUCCUUUUUUUGUUUGUUCUUUUACCUGAAGAGUUGAUGUAAAAUGUUGUAGAUGGCCAAAAGUAUUAUCUAUGUUGUGCUACAAUGGUUAACUCAAUGACAAAGGUGUUUGGAUGGUUAUUUUUAA